AUGAGAAAAGAAAAGGAGAAUAUUCCAUUAGGAUAUCAGAAUGUCAGGCCCUUGAAGUGUCGUCAUCCGCAACAGAAGCGUACUAUUCUGGGUGAAAUGACGCAAUAUAUAAGCAAUGGGAUGCGGCGUAUGCGUAUUGUCGAAAGUUGUAAAACCAAAGAAGAAUUUUCGAAAUGGAAAAAAAUUGCUGUUUCACUUCACUGCGAUCCCGAGGAAAAUGACGAUGUCUAUAUGCAGGAGCUUCUGGGGUUGUGUUCUUGGGAAAACGAGAACGAGAAGCCUUAUACCGAAAGUGACAGUUUUGCCGAAGCAUCAAGUUGGUCAGAUGACGAUGACGAUGAUGACUCAGCCUUUAUGACUUUUAUUCGUAAUCAGUGUGUUUCGAUUGUAAAACCUGAAGUAGUUCAAGACUUACCGACUAAUGAUAUGCAAAAUUUGCAUAUCUCUAAGCUCUCUUUGAAAUCGAGGGUUUCCAUACGCAAAAAAUCUGGAGUACUAUCAUCAACGAGUAUAAACUGCGGUGGAGACGAAAGUUGUGAUACGAAGCGCAGUUAUGAAAGUGACCAGUCGUUAAUGAGUUCAUAUGAGCAAGCCUUUUUUGGCAUUAUCUGUGACGAUAAUGAUUCAGUAGGAUACGGUACAAUAACUGAUCCGAGUGAGACAACGUCUACAUCAUAUGGAGAUUUAUGGUCGAAUGUGAAGUUUACGUUAUGA